CUCAUUUCCCUGUUGAUGCUGUUGGGUUCUACCCAAGGACAAAACGUUUUCGUCUCAACAAGCCAGAUCGCGACGGGUAAAUCAACGGGGUCAACAUCGUCUUUCGUGUUCGCCGCUCAAGGACUAGAUGCGACCUCCAAUUUGGCCGUCGAUGGCAACACAAAUGGCAACUUCCUCUCAGGCAGCUGCUUCUCCAGUGCCAUCGGCGACGACAACCCCGUGUGGUUCGUCGACCUUGGGGCAAACUUCAAUAUCUACAGCGUCAGGAUCUUUAACAGAGGAGACUGCUGUGCUGAACGUCUCAACAACAUCAGGGUCGACAUUCUUCCCGGCACCCCGGGAACUGUCCAAACUUGUGGCACCAUCGGCAACCCCGGAGGUGUUGGGUUGAGCCAGUCUCGUGAAAUUGUAUGUCCUUUUCAAACCUACUACUACUAUUACUAUUACUACUACUACUAUUACUACUAUUUCUACACCGUCUUCCAAAAUGGCCGCUACAUCCGUAUUACAAAAACAAGCACUGGGGAUGCUGAGGGACUACUGACACUGUGUGAGGUUCAAGUCAACGUUGCAACCAACGUCUUCUACCCAUACUCCACUGUUGGUGUGGCCAACGCUGGUGUUGCUGAUGAAGCUACUCCCAAAGUCGGAUCUCUUCCUGAUGGAGUCACUGUCACCCAGUUCGAGCCCCAGGGAGACAUGCACCGUGUCACCAUACCCGCUCCCGUAGCCGCCCAGCCAAAUACUCAACAGGAACCGGAACAACAUUAACCGGAAGCUGCGUCUGAGAGAACUCGUAUUGCUGUUUACUGAAAAGACGCCUUACUAUCACUCGAUCAGUACUGAGAUCGCUAAACAAAAAUCGUGAUUAUGUUACAUAAUUUAAACUGGAGCACCUACGUCUAAACAAACCUGAUGUUGUAUCCUUGUGUAUGUCUCACAAGACCUUUAAUGAAACAAAUUCUUAUUGAGAAUAUUCCCCGGGAGAA